UAUAAAUUAGGGCUGCGAGAGCACUUUAAAAGCACAAAAACCCUAAGCCAUUUGCUUUCGUCUCCUCAGCUGAAAAUCGCCGCUCAUCUGUUCAGAGUCAGUUCCACGAUUUGUUCAAGAGAGGAAAAAUGAGUAGAGGAAGUGCAGCCGUUGCCAAGGGAAAGAAGAAGGGAGUUUCCUUCUCCAUUGACUGCUCCAAGCCUGUCGAUGACAAGAUCAUGGAGAUUGCUUCCCUCGAGAAGUUUCUUCAGGAGAGGAUCAAAGUCGGUGGCAAAGCCGGUGCCCUCGGUGAUUCUGUCACAAUCACACGUGAGAAGAACAAGAUCACCGUCACUUCCGAUGGUCAGUUCUCCAAGAGGUAUCUGAAGUACUUGACGAAGAAGUACUUGAAGAAGCACAAUGUGAGGGAUUGGCUGAGAGUGAUUGCAGCCAACAAGGACCGUAACCUCUACGAGUUGAGGUACUUCAACAUCGCUGAGAACGAGGGCGAGGAAGAAGACUAGAAGGAAGAACUGCACACUCCUGUUUCCGGUUUUUGUUUCGUUGUUUGCUCAAAUACAAUUUUAUCAUCGCCCUUGUGUUCUUUAUUGACACAUCUUAUUUUAGUUUUGUUGGAGUUCUUAACUCUUGUUUCAGAGGAUUGUUUAAGAAAAGUAUUUUGGUAAUGAUUCCAAGAAUCUGUUAA